GUCGAGAGGCUUCUGCGCGAGUAUAAACAGAACCAGGACAUGGUACGGGGAAUCGGAACCCAUUUCUAUCAGAUCAUUUACCCCGUGCAACUGCGCCACCAUGAGAAGAUGGGCAUCUCCACGCGGGAGAUAGGGGCACCCAAGCGUGGGUAUGGCGAUGGAGGAAGUUACCAAGGCCCAGCCCGGAAUCGAUAUAGGACGGGGAAACACUUCCACCGGACCUCCCUGCUCAUUAAGGCCUUCAAUCAUAAGUUCCGUCUUGAUCUCGAACUCAAUACGCAGCUGUUGGCUCCGAACCUGGUGCAGAAACAUUUCCUUGCCAGCGGAGCGGAGCAAGUGUCUAAACAGGAGAUUGAGCACUGUUAUUACCACGGCACUGUGAAGGAUUACCCGGGAGCAACUGCCGCCUUCCACACGUGCAAUGGCGUCAGUGGAGUAAUUCACGUCGGUAACGAGACUUUUGUGAUACACCCGUUCUACGGAGGCGAUCUCUCGCAGAAACAUCCUCACGUGAUCUUCGAGGCUCGUCCCAAGACGAAUAAAGGCUGUGCCAAUUCUGGAAAUUUUGAAUGGAGAAUGCCCAACUACAGACGCCAGAAGCAUAUAUCUGGAAUAACAGAAGGAUCAGGGACGCCGUCAGGUGCCAGGUAUCGACGGAGUAUCGGCAUAGGGCCCAGAUUCCGGUGGACCCUUAGAAAAGGUGCUAGAAUCCGUAGGGACGUCAAAGAGGGAAGCAGAAACCUGCGGAACAGAGAAGAGUACGCUCGGUACCGGCGAGAUGUCAGGGAAGCGAUCAAGUAUAUUGAAACAGCAAUAGUCAUCGACAAGGCCAUGUUUGAGAAGAGAAAUGGUAGUUCAAGGUCGGAUGUUGUUCACGAUGCCAUCCAAGUUGCUAAUAUUGCAGAUUUGUACUUCCGAACGCUUAAUACACGAGUAUCAGUGGUGUACAUCGAAACAUGGCAAGGUACAAACCAGGCCCCCAUUGACAAAAGUGAGGACAUCAGUCGCGCUUUGCUCAACUUCAACGAUUACACCUCCAGAAAGCUAUUCAAGGUGGAUAAAGAUACAACACAACUGCUCACUGGUGAGACAUUAUUUCAGGGUGGGAAAUCAGGAAUGGCUGUCCCAGAGACUGUUUGCACUGCCAGAUCUGUUGGCAUCAGUGUCGAUGUAAACACGUAUGAACCUCAUCUCCUUGCUGGAACCAUGGCCCAUAUGAUUGGACACAACAUUGGUAUGGCACAUGAUGAUGGAAGAGAAGAGUGCUUCUGCAGAGACUGGCAUGGUUGCAUUAUGGCACAGUCCAUCGUUGGACUGGAGAAUGUUCAACCGUACAAAUUCUCAGAGUGCAGUCGCUCAGAUUACAUUGAUGCCUUGAGGAUAGGACAUGGAAUCUGCCUCCUGAAUAAACCCAAUGAGCUGGUAGUGCGACGGACGUGUGGAAACAGUAUUGUCGAGGAAGGCGAGGAUUGUGACUGUGGUACUAUCGAUGAGUGCCAUGACUUGGAUCCCUGCUGCGACCCUGUCACUUGCAAACUGACCACUGAAGCUGAGUGUGCUUCAGGACCAUGUUGCAGUAACUGCAGGUUGCGUCCUCGUGGAGUUAUAUGCCGAGAUGCAGUCAAUGAAUGUGAUUUACCAGAACACUGUUCAGGAGAGGAUGGAAAGUGUCCAAUGGAUGUUCAUAAAAAGAAUGGAAAUCCAUGUGGAGCAAACACAGGUUACUGUUUCAAUGGUAUCUGCCCUACAGUCAAUAUUCAGUGUGGACUAAUUUGGGGAUAUGGUGGAAUUGCUGGUGAUAAGCAAUGUUUCGACCAGUUCAAUUCUAAAGGUUCAAUAAAUGGACAUUGUGGUGUGGACGGUAAUGGACAAUAUAUCAAAUGUGAUCCAGAGAAUGUACACUGUGGAUCUCUCCAGUGCCAACUGGGAAACAGACACCCAGUAAAUGUUGGGAAGGAGCAGCUCUAUGCAACAACAAUAAUUUCAAUCAAAGGAGUAGAAUAUGAAUGCAAGGCGACAAGCGGAACAAUAGAUUCAUCCGGAAAUCCAGAUAUGGGCCUGGUUAGAGAUGGUACACCUUGUGGAGACAAUUUGAUAUGUGUUAAUCAGUCCUGCACCAGCAUCUUCCCACACAUUGACCAGGCAAAGUGUCCAAGCAAUCACAACAAUCUGGAGUGUUCUGGACAUGGGGUAUGCUCCAACAUAAACAAAUGCUAUUGUGAGGUUGGGUGGAGUGGUCCAGAUUGUUCCAUCCAAAUAGAAGUGACUUUACCCCCUCAGUAUACAACUGCCAGCUCAGCUAUUGCCACCAGCGAGGCAACGAAAGUGGUGAAGAAAGAAACCCCCUACGAUGUCAACAAUAACAACCUUGGCACAUUCACUAUGGUUGUUAUUCUGGUGGUUGUGGUGAAAUGCGUCUUCAUUUGCUUUACACUAAUGGCUGUUUGCUACAGGAAGAGCACAAUGCCGAAAUAUGACCCGCCAUAUGUGAAAAAGCCCACGAAGAAUUAUGCUGGCAAAGGGCCAAACCAUAACCCUGAGGAGGCUGCCAUGGAAAGUGUGAACAAGAUUCUAACAUUUGGCAGCAUGCCUUCAUAUAGUCGUGGAGAUUCGCAGCGGGUGCUGUUCUGCCCGGUGAAUGCUAUGACAGCUGGCAGCCUCAACACACGCUUCCACCAGGAGCACAAGAUUCAGCAAUUGAAGCGAAUGGGAGUUGGCUCUGGAAGCGAGGAGGAUGCCACUCAUUCAGGAGAGGAGGAAACAGUUUCAUUCAUCGACCUCCCACCUAAUAACUUAUCAAAGCUUCCUGAGAAGGGAAUUUUAAAGAAAUCAGGGCCAUAUGGAACUGUGAUGGGAGAUGUGUGCAAGGAGAAAUGGUCAGAAGACUCACAAUCAGAUAACCAGGAAAUCCUCUCCCAGUCUGACAACAAUAUGGGCCCAGACAUGAUGGGAGGUGGGGGAGGAGGAGCAAUUUCAGAGGUAGAACGAACGCUCAAGAGCCUCAAUGGCUACCAUGAAGAUAUUUUAGAAGCAUUGCGGAAUGCUGCAUCACAUAGAGGGGCUGCCACACCUUCUGGUAGCAGUAGUCUGCUCAGUGAAGAGAUCCUUCGUAAAUCUUUAGCUGAGUGCAGUAGUGGUGGUAGCUACAGUGAUUACAAACGCUCUGGAAGUCAAGAGAAAGUGUGUGACGGUCCACAGACACACACAGUUCUGGUAGAAGGGACAGGGUCAUUACUUCAUCAUCAUGGUGCUCAGCAAGAGGAAGAUGAAGAUGAUGAGGUACCUCCAUCGUGUGGCCCAAUUCGUAUCCGCAACUUGGAAGAUCUCAUCCGUCAACUGGAACACCACUCGGCCCGCCACAUGAGUCCAAGUGGCUCUGAAGACAUUCGUAUGUCUGAAACAGAAGCAGAUAGGCAUUAUCGUUUAGAAUCAGCAGCCUGCAGCGAACCGCAGAGUCGAUGCCGAGGUCGGGAGGAGGAACCCAGGUUCGUAUAUGGGAGAUAUCGCCAUCCCACAGGUCGGCAUCCACCUGGCUACCAUCAGCACCAUUUGCAGGAAGAAGAGGGGAUCUACGAGACUGCUGACCAUGACAGAGGGGGAGAUCAGCUGUGUGGUGACACACCAGAUAGUGAAAGUGAUGAAUUUAUUCAAGCUCAACAACAGUUAGUCCGGUCGGCGAGUGAGGAAGCUCUACCUGUGACUGCCAAGCCCAGCUCAUCUACAUAUGAGCGUAGUGGAGUGGGCCAUCACACACGUCACCAUUCACACCAUAGGGCCAGCCCGCGGCAGCAAGAUAAACCCUCCAUGGCAGCAACAUCAGGGGGAGGGGCAGUGAAGCGAGAGUACUACCCUUCCCCUCCACCCUCAGAGAGUGAAGAUGAAUCAUCACCAGAUUCUCCUGGUCCCUCAUCAUCACCAGCCCCUGCUAUGACUUCUGCUGCUGGCUCACAGUCUACUGAACCACUGCGUCAUUCUGCCAGUGAAGAUUCGGUUGAUGAAGACAACGAUUCGUCCAGGGAAACAGCUGCUUCAUCUUCUGUCUCAGGGACAGAGCAGACCGCCCUUUUACGCCCUAAACGUUAUCCAGAAUAUAAACACUGAUCACGGAGUGUUCAUAGGUAGACAAUUCUUUCACAAAACAAACAUCGCGCUAGUUAUUCACCGCUGUGCAAAUUACUAUGUUCUGAACACAAGUAUCAAAUUUGUUGGCGUCUUGAGUGCUGUUUGUUUGAGUGAUCAUAUAUAGGUGGUUUCUUAUGCCAUUUCAUAAAUUUCAGUGAAGUCCAAUGCAAUUUUAAUUAUCCCAUAUUCAAUCCAGGGUACAAAUGGCUCACAAGGAAUUACUUUCCAUGGUUUCAUAUUUCCCUGUACCAUUCUAGUUAGCUGUGUGACAGGAGGACUACAGGGUACAGUGGACAGUAUGUAGGUAAAGAACUCUGUGUUACAUGCCAGAAUGUUCCAUCUCACUAACUACAGUGAGCUCAUUAAAGACAAGAUUCCCUAAUGGUAUUUGUGUAUAUGUUCAUCUACAGGGCUCGAGAAAUGUAAGUUAGAAACAGGAUAUAUUUCAAGUACUGGUCUAAGAUGAAGUUGCAAGUAAUGGGCUGUGCAGACAGGGCUAAGGGAUGUUGCUAAGCGGAAUACAAACAGUGGAUAGCAAGGUGCUCACAGCACACAACAUACCAAAUGACCAUAAUAAUAAUAAUAAUAAUGAUAAUAUUAAUAAUAAUAAUAAUAAUAAUAAUAAUAAUAAGUAAUAACAGCUAUCAGGGAAUGAUCAUAUUGCCAAUCUACUCAAUCAUGUUUAAUUUUUGUAAUGAGAAAUUUAAGUUUGUUUACAAAAAUUAAAUGACCUAUAAGUUGUACCCUUAAUGAUAGCUAAACUUACAUCAUGCAAUAUUAAUUUUCUUCCCAGAUCUUUCUCAUUCAUCACAUAUAAUUGAAGUAUCUGAUUAUUAACGCAACUGCAAACCAUACAUAUUUUCUUAUGGGCGAGAAAAAUUAUAUAAUGGAAUUUCCAACUGGCCCCAAGAUUUAAAUACAUUGUCAGGUGUUCAUCAGUAGACACUGGGUUUGGACUGACAGUUGGAUUUAUUGAAUCCAUAUAGCUCAUAACUACAAUCAUUGUAACAGUCUCUUUAAUUAAAACACUCUAAAAAUCACUACAACACACACUAAUUAUUCUCAGUUUGCCUCCACCAGUCGUUGCUCAGCAAUGGAUCCCAUUAAUGCCCUCUUAUUUUCAAUUAGUUUGCCGCCUUCUACCAUUGCACAAGUAACUCACUGUCCCAACUGUCAACUCUCAACUAACAUCAAAGUCAGAGUCAGAGUUACUUUACAACUGAUGGUUUACCACCAAUCGGUUUGUCUUGGCCCCAAGCGCCUUGUGACUCACAACCACAGUCACCUUUAUGGUCACAGCCCUUAUGAAAUAGCCUCUCUGAUGAGAGGAUGGGUUUGUCUCUUAUUUAUAUGCUUGGCCUUUGUCAAAUGUACGUAUUGCACAUACAGCAUAUUAUUGAAAAUUCUGCUCUUACAAAAUAUACAAGUCUUCUGACAGUCCAAGCUUUACGAAGCAAAUGACGCCUAUCUUAUUUAUCUUGUGCUACAAUGCAAGCUUGGUCACUUCAAAGGUUGCAAGCUCGGCUGCCACCAAGUUUAAGCCUCAUAUAUUUUCUAUGUCUGGCGUCACCUUGGCCUAUGCUGAGAUCAUGUUCAUUCUCAUGAUUUUAUAUGACUGUGCUUCUUGCCUGCAUAAUUUUGUCAUAUAACCAUAUGCAUACAGAAGGUUGAAAGCCAUGUGAAAUCGCAGACCAGUGUGCACCUUGGAAAAUUUCCAAAGGUGUGGAGAAUCUUGCGUUUCAGGGACUGCAAUUUUAAGAUGUAGCUGUCUGCUGCAAAUUCCCAAGGGGUCAAGCAUAAGUCAUUAUUGACUUAAUCAGUGAUUUACAGAGGGUUAGUUUAAUGUUGGUGCUUAAAUGCUCACUUUUGAAUAGGGAGUAGUUUCUAAUAAACAUUCUGAAGGCCAUGACUUAAAUCAUUUCUGUGUGCAGUCUCCAUAGGACCCUCUUAUCAAAGAUUACACCAAGAUAUUUCACAUUAACUAACUGACUUCAAAAUCAAAGUUGUGUUAUGACCAACGAUGAGUUAGCCACUCUAUCUUGGUGUGAAGCCCCAUUAGGGGCCGAAGACCAGAUUUUUUACUGUCAGACAUUUGCAGGUUUUUAGAUGUGGGGCGCUCUCUCUGAUGAGAGAAAGGGUCUGUCAUUUACA